AUGGAUUACUUUGCCAAAUUCAAAAAGCGUAUAGCACCUCCCAAGGCACCACCUACCAGUGCUAUGCAACUUGCUAAAUUCCACAAGUAUUGGGAGUACGUCCAUAAUAUCUUUGUCAUGGAUGAUCGAAAAGCCAAUAUACAUGUCCAGCAAACCGAGAUCCCUUCCAAAUUACGGCAAAUGGUAGAUUUACUUGUAGAUGAAGAAGCAAGACAGGAAGACAAUACAACUGGCCUAUGCAUGGAGUACUUUUUGAAGCAUGGAGUGCUGCAAUACCUUGUGACGACAGCCGAGAAAGCAGAUUAUCCAGUUGGUAUUCGUGGUGAAGCCAUUCAAAUGAUCAACAACUUGAUUGAGCUACUGGACGACCGGUUUUUAGUGCACAAUGCAGUCCACAAACCCACCAUCAAGCUUUUACGGUUCUGUGUUUUGGAUGAUCGACAAAGCGAGCUUUACAGCGACAGUUUAGUGGAUUUGAUGUACACCAUCUGCUCCAAGAUCCAUGGUUUCCCGGCCUUGUUGAAUGUCUUUUUCCACGACAAACACUGGCUGACAACACCGCAGAAGAACACAGCCGCCGAUCACCCAACAGCAACAACAACAGCAGCACUGCCGUCUUCCAUGCUAUCCGAGGCAACGAGUACAGCAGCAGCUGAACCACACGAAUACGAGUUCCUGCUGUUUACGUAUCUAUUGCGUUUUGUGCAUCGUGAAGGAAGAUCGGGCGACUAUGCACGCACUGGAUUGCUGUUCUUGAUGGAGAUGGCAGACGGUCAAUUGGGCGAUUUUAUACUGGAAUCUGAUUUUGCAACAAUCAUGGCCGCUGGACUCGGUGCUUUGUAUUCUCAACUACCCAGGAAAUUGAUUGUCAGAGAUGAAAUCGAGCAAAUCUACUCGAAUCCAACAUCCUAUCUACUAGGACAAGACAACUUGGAAGACGGCAAUAGCAGCAUGCGAUUUCCUGUGGGCAUUGGUGCAGAAUAUUCCAAUUCACCAGAAUUCAAGUAUCAAUUGGACUCAUUCCUCAAGUUGCUCGAGUUUUGUCAGGAUGUACUCACUCGUUGCCCCAAUCCCGCCAUCUGUAUAUCGCUCUUGAACAGCGUACGCACUAUAUUCUUGGAAAAUAUCCUGUAUCCAUCUAUUUUAGAGUGCUCCGACAUGGAUGGAUCGUCCGUUGCUGUCAUUAGCUACAUUGAUUUGAUACUGCAAACACUGCAACAAGAUGACCUGUCCAAGGUGGUGGUGGGCUAUCUAAUGGACGACGAAGAGGCCGCCAGCGGUAUUCUGACAGGCAUCAAGAAACUGGACAUUGGCAACAAUGAGAAUACAGCCUCGCCCAACCGAUCGUCCACUCAUUUUACACUGAAGGAUCUCAUCUUUAGUCGCCUUAAAUCCAACUCCCAAACCACCGUUAUUGCCACGCUCAAACUGCUCAAGACCUUGAUAACACAGCACUGCCAUUACUCUCUUGGAUUGCUGUCCAUCACGCCCGAUACCACCAAAAACGCCAUCAUCAUAUCCCACCAUCUGCGCGAAGUUGAGCUCUACUUUUCGCUCAUUAUUGCUAUCGAUGCUGCGCAUGCUGAGGAUGUGCUUGCUUGCGGAUAUGAAGAUUACCUGCGUGAUGUCGAGAUGACCCUUGAUAAUGACUGGUGCUAUCAGAAUUCAAGACCUGUUGGCGAUGCAGCUGACGAUCGCGUGCGUGGAAGAGCAGAGCCACCAAAAGCCAAGCGUAGAAGAAGCUUCAAAUACGGUCAGCGUGAUACGAGAGACGUGGAAGACGAGAAUGAAAAGAGAGCCAGACAGAGCAGACAAGACAGCAUCAAGCCUUGCUCACUUGUACGACAUCGAGUCAGAUCGACUGAUCCCCUCAUGCAAAUCUUGCUGAGCUUACUGAGCCAUUUCUUUACUCAAUCUUCGGAACUCAAUUUAGCAUUAACGGGUGUUAUCUCUGCCUUGGCUCUGUGUCCAUAUCGUAGCCUCGAAGGCUGGAUCGCAUUCAGUGAAAGCGAUCGCACCAACCGAGAUGAUGUCUUGGUCUUGAAUUCAGAUGGCCAGCCAGCUGUCAGUCAAACCAAGGUACGCCGACAAGACAUUUACGCUAGUUUUGAGACAAGCACACCAGUGGACGAUGACGACGACGAUGAUGAUCGCUCCGUUGACUUUGGCGCAGAGAGAGAAUCCAGCAAAAAGACAAUCCCCACCUACUUCAAGUCCUACCCACCCUUCUUCACACUGUUGCGCACCUUGACACAGCAAGUGGAUUACUACAGAUCAGAGAUCCAGACAUUUGAUAAGCUAUUGGAGGAGCGUCGCAAUGCCCUUAUUGCUGGAGAAGUGUCUUUCCUCGAUAAACGAAUUGUAUCACCAUCCAGUAGCACUUCUACCUCUAUGAAUAGUCAUCGAGCACAGCAAUUGAAUACCAGUAUCUUGAACAGAAGACCGUCCAUCUUGCGACCAUCGCUCUCCACAGACCCUUACACGCCUGUAUUGAGUCCCUCUUCGUCCGCGUCGACAGCACUGGGCUCAAGCCCUCGCAUCUCCGCACAACCGCCACCUGUUCCAUCUGUCAACAUGAAUGUCAUACUCAACAACCCCAUGUCUCCCCUGACCAUGCACGUGAGAAAAACAUCAACGAUGCGUAUCCAGCCUUUAUUCCCUUCCAAUUUUGUUAAUGACAAGGAGGAGCCCAUUCUGGAUCUCAAUGACGAAGACGAGCACACGUUUGCGCCCAAGACAGCCGAUCCAUCACGUCCCAAACGCCUUGAUAAGAGCACUGAAAUUACCCUCUCCAUGCUGUUGAAUAAUGUGGUCAUCCUGGAAGAGGCCAUCAAGGAGCUGGUGGCAUUGAUGCAGGUCAGAUGUAGUUUGGGCAUUGACAAGGUCGCCUAUGUGUAG